AUGUCAGAAUUUCUUAUUGAUGAAUCCACUGCAGUUAAUACGCAAAAUAAUAGUGCCAUAGAUUUAAAAUUAGAUUCAAAUGAGGAAAGAAUUUUUAAGAAGCAUCCAGUGCAUAAACUUUAUCGCGAUAUCUACUUGAAUCACUUAGAUAAGCAUAAAGAUAACCCAUUAAUACAUGAAAUAAAUGAAAAUAUUUGGCCAAUGCUCACAGGCCAAACCUUAGUUGGACCUCGGAAAAUAUCAUACCGAAGUCCAUCUUCUUAUGUUAUAGAUCCUAUUUAUUUGGAAACUGAGAAAGUUGUUGCUGAGGAUUUAUAUGGAAAAGGACAAAAUUAUUCUUACACAUUUCUUCAUUUUGGAGAUGAACUAUCUGGGCAUAAAGCGCUUAUUCAUGGCGGCUUAUUGGCUACAAUUCUAGAUGAGCUCACCUGUAGAUUGGCAUUCCAAAACUUCCCAUCCAGAAAGGGAGUUACUGCUAGUUUGAGUCUUAGUUAUAAAAAACCUUGUUAUGUGAACUCGUAUGUACUUGUUCGGUGUGAAGUAACCAAGAAAAGUGGUAGAAAGUGCUGGGUGAAGGGUUCAAUUUAUGGCUUGAAUUUGGAGCAGUUGAAUGAAAAUAGCGACCAAUCAGCAAUUGAAAAUGCUGAAAAUUUACUCACUGAAUGUGAAUGUUUGGUAAUUGAACCAAGAUGGGUAAAAGAACUUCAGAAUGCACAAUAG